AUGCCGUUCUCUACAACAGUCCGGGGCUUAUGCGCAUUGUCAUACCUCCUGCUGCCGACUUUCACACGCACAUCAGCACUCCCUACAGCCAACAGUCAUGACAUCGUCUUCGAGGACGGGCCAUGGCCGCAUGGUCCGCCUGGCGGUCACGGAGGCCAAUGCACACGCGAGAACGCCAUCGUGCGGCGAGAGUGGGACGACAUGACGCGCGACAGCCGCCUCGCCUUUAUCGCCGCGGUCAAGUGCAUGAAGUCCAAACCAUCACGGUAUCCCAAGGGCGUAGUCCCCGCAGCGAUUUCCCUCUAUGAUGAUCUCACGACGACACACAUCAACGGCUCCUUCGUUAUUCACUUCUCGGGCAUCUUCCUCUCGUGGCACCGCCGGUUCGUCCACAUCUUUGAAGAGCAGCUGUAUGAGUGCGGAUAUCCGCGGAAUCUAGGCACGCCGUACUGGGACUGGACGAGGACGCCGGACAUCGACAAGGUGGCCAUGUUUGACGGCAGUGAUGAGUCCCUGGGUGGAAAUGGCGACUGGGAUCCCACUGCCCAGGCUAUCGCGUUGGGCAAGAAUGGUUACCUCCCUCGAGGCACGGGAGGGGGGUGUGUCACCAAGGGGCCGUUCGCUAACGAGACGAUCCGCUUCGGGCCGUUCCCUGGUAGUGUUCUUGCCCAGGGAUUUCUCCCAGAGGAUUGGAAGGAGCUGAAGGAGAGGUGCUUUACUCGUGAUCUUAACCCCAUCGUCGCCACCAACUCGCUCAACUCGACCUUCACUACCCAGCUGCUGGCCGCGAACAACAUCUCGCAAAUCCAGGUGCUGCUCACGCCACCAAACUUUGGGCUCGACUUUCUCGGCCUGCAUCGCGCAGGGCACUGCGCGAUUGGUGAUCCCAUGUCCGACUUCUUCGCCAGCCCGCAAGAUGUCGUCUUUUACUUACACCACGCGGGGGUUGACCGCAUGUGGACAACCUGGCAAGACAUGGACCCGGCCACGCGGCGGUAUGCCUACAAUGGGACGAGCACCAUCUUCAACCCCGUGGGAGUGACACCGGAGGUUGACAAUUCGACGAUCUUCGACUUUGGUAUCCUUGCACCACCCAUGACGCUUAAAGAAGGGGCAAACCCGAUGUCUGGGAUGUACUGUUAUCGUUACGAAUAA